GGCUAGGGUCGCGCGGGCGACGGGCUGCGCGGCCCGCAACGGCGCGGGCGGCUCCAAGGGGUGCGGGGCUGCCGGGCGUGGGCAUGACGGCGUGCGGGCGCGAAGGCGAGGCGGGCGACCGGGCGUGGGCGACUGCCCGGCGCGCGGGCCAGCGCGGCAGCUUCGGCCUGCCGGCCGCGCCGGGGCUGCAGGCCCGCGGGCGACCAGGGCCCCGCGGGGCGCCGGGCUUCAAGGGCGCGCGCGGCCUGCCGGGCUUCAAGGGCGAGCACGGUGGCCGGGCAGGCGGCGCGCCGGGCGCUCGGGGGCUGCCGGGCGUGGACGGGUCGCCGGCAUCAUGGGACGCCCAGGGCGUGCGCGGCGUGGCGGGCGCGCCGGGCGUCAAGGGCGUGGCGGGCGAGCCGGGCAGCAGCGAGUUCGGGGUGGCGGUGAAGGGCGACGCGGGCGUGCCGGGGCGGCCCGGCAUCCCUGGCCUGCCCGGGCUGCCGGGCGACGCCGGCCUCCGCGGGCUGCCGGGGCGGCAGGGCGCGCGAGGCGACCGGGGCCUGGAGGGGGCGCCGGGGCUGCGUGGCGAGCAGGGGCUGCCGGGGCAGGUCGGCGAGCGCGGGCAGCGAGGACCAGCG